CCUAGUUUGGGGGUGGGGUGAGUGUAUGGUCUUGGCAAAGUGCCCGUUUUAGUUGCGUAUACAUAAAGUUUGCCUACACCCGGAACUUUCAUCAUAUAGCUCCUGCCUGCUACACCCCAACGACCAAACGAUCGUGUUCUUACUCUGGAAACUGAUUUGCCUCUGCCACUAAAACACCGUGUCAGAAAAUUUUCCUAUUGCUAAGAUGGCGGUGAGAUAUGUGAUUGCUUUGUCAGUCCUCAUGAUGUUGCUUAAUUGUGACUACUGCUCCACAUACAAGCCCAACAUUACAGCUGCUGGAGGAAAAGGACCCUGUGUUGUAGACGCCUGCAUGACAGAGAUCGCAAAGAUAAUGCAGAACGUCAUUGGUCGUGACAUCUCGACAUUUAUCCGUCGCAUCGGCUAUGUAGAGUCUCAGUUUGGUGCACAUGGUAACACCUACCGCGAAAACUACCAUGGUGGCAUCUGGCAGCUGGAUGAAGAUGGAUUCCUAGAAACGCAGGCGAUUGGUAGCCACUCUUACUUACAAGGAAAGUUAGAUUUUAUUAAGACCACGCUUGGAAUAGACUGGCUUAAAGUGACGUGGCAGGAUAUGAGGAAGCCUCUGUAUUCAGCCAUAGCUUCUCUUUUGUACUUGGGUAAUAUAAGCCCUAUCAUUCCACCGGACAGUGACAUCAAUGGCCAAGCACAGUACUGGAAAGACCACUACAACACGCAAAGCGGGGAAGGAACGGUGCAGCAUUUCACUGACAACGUUCAGCUCUUGGAAGGUCCCAAUGGACCUAAAUGCCACAUAAGGCGUAAGUCUGGUAUACGCACACGUCGCCGUAGCCAUGCGCGUCGGCAAAAUGAUUUUUUUUUUUCAUUGUAAGAUGAUGUCUUAAAACAGCCAAACUCACUGGUUUGACUG